AUGUCGAAGACCACGGUUUUGUUGGUCGGUGCUGCGGGUGAAACCGGAGGCUCCAUCGCCAACGGCUUGCUGGAUACCGGUGACUUUGACGUCAUUGCCCUGGUUCGCCCAAUUUCCGCCCAGAAGCCUGCCAUCACACGCCUCCAGGAUCGGGGUUGCCAGGUCCGGAAAUGCGACUUGAAGGCCCCCGAGGAACAGCUCAUCGAAGCGUUGGCCGGGAUUGAUGUGGUCAUCAGCUGUGUCGGUCCCGCCGAGCAACAGGAUCAGAUUCCCCUCGCCAAGGCGGCUAAAAAGACGGGUGUGAAGCGUUUCGUGCCCUGUGGUUUCAUUACUGUCUGCCCGCCAGGCGGUGUAAUGUGGCUCCGUGAUGAGAAAGAGAUCGUCUACAACCAGAUUCGUCAGUUGUGGGUUCCCUACACCAUCGUCGACGUCGGCUGGUGGUACCAGCUGGCCUACCCCCGUCUUCCCUCCGGCCGUGUCGACUAUGCCAUGACAUCCGGUAACGAUGAGAUUAUCGGCGAUGGCAACAUGCCCACCGCAUUGACCGAUCUGCGAGACAUCGGCCGCUACAUGGCCAUGAUCAUUUCCGACCCCCGCACCCUGAACAAGAAGAUCCUCGCCUACAACCUGGUCUCCACCCAAAACAAGAUUUACGAGCUCAUGGAAGAGCUGAGCGAAGAGAAGAUCGAUCGCAACUAUGUCCCCGAGGAGACUAUUUGCAGCAGAGUCGUGGCGGCCCGACAGGCCAGUGAAACCUACCCCUUCGACCCGAUCAAGUUUAUUCCUCGAUACCUGGCCGAAUAUCAGCUCUCGUGGGGAAUCCGCGGCGACAACAACCCCGAUUACGCCAAAUAUCUCGGCUACCACACCACACAGGACUUGUUCCCCGACUUCCAGCCCACGGACUUCCGUGAAUAUCUCGAGCAGGUCAUUCGUGGCUCGGCCAAGGGUGUGUAUACCGAUCGCGUGAUCUCACGGAAGCACCAACGACACUUCCCCCGUACCGAGUCCAGCGAUUCCCUCUACACCCGCAUAUUCCCCCGCACCGAGUCUAGCGACUCGCUCAUGUCGCGAUGA